AUGCAUUCAAAACGCCGCCGGCGGUCUCUUUAUCAAGGCAACGAGGACAUCUCAUCACUCAAAAGCCACCUCAACAUGAGACCAGCGUCACGACAGACCUUCCUCGAUCCUCAGUUCCUGAUGAUGAGACGUUGGAGCAAUGAUACAGAGCUGGUAGUUGACCAGCUUGAUGAUGAAGUGGAUUUGUGUUAUUAUAGAGGAGCUAACGCUGCCUUGUACAUUUGUGAAGAUGUGAGAGGAUUACUGAAAUCAAAUGAUACGUACUACUCGAUACAUCCUCUACCAGAAAGAUUUCAUACAAAAGACACAAAACCUCACAUUAUAGUCAAACAAAACCCUAACCCAAAUAAUGAAGCUGCCUGUCUCGAAAGAGACGCAAAUAAUAACUUAGUUCCUUCUGAAUCAGUUAAAAUAUGGACCAAACAUAGGAGAAAAAGAGACAUCGAUACAAACAAAGACUUAGAACGGUUUAAAGUUAAUCUUCUAGCGCAUAGAAACAAAACUAUAGGAACGUUUAUUAAGAAACUAGUAAAAAACACUCCUAGGCAAAAGCGAGCUAUACUUCCAGCAAUCUUUGUUGAGACUGCAGUAUUUGUAGAUAGGGAUUUAUAUAAACACAUGACGGUAAAUUUUCCUAAAGAUACAGAAAGAGAAUUGGUAAGAUUUGUACUAGCUAUGAUCAAUGCUGUACAAUUGUUGUACCAUGAUCCGUCUCUGGGGCGGCCAGUGAAUUUUAUUCUUAAAAGACUGGAGAUUUUACAUGAAGAUCCGGUGAAUUUGAAAAGACCUCAUGAUAUAGAUAGAUUUUUGAGCAAUUUCUGUACGUGGCAAAGGUUGGAGAAUCCACCAGGGGACAACGACCCUUUGCAUUGGGACCAUGCGUUGAUUUUGACGGGAUUGGAUUUGUACGUUGUUAAUAAAAACGGGAAAGUCAGCAGCCAGGUUGUGGGCCUUGCUCCAGUCGCCGGAAUGUGCACAGUGACAAGCAGUUGCACCGUGAAUGAGGGCAGGCACUUCGAAAGCGUGUACGUGGUCGCUCAUGAAAUAGGACACAAUUUGGGUAUGCGUCACGAUGGACCUCUAGCAGACAACGGCUGUGACCCCAGCGCCUACAUCAUGAGCCCUACUCUGGGCAGCGGCAAGAUCACCUGGUCUCAGUGCAGCAAGAAUUAUCUGCAGAAAUUCUUGGACACAUCUCAAUCUCGAUGUCUGCUGGACCACGGCAAUUCAGCUGGGCAGUUAGAUCACAGCGCAGAAGGCAUUCUGCCGGGAGAAAGAUUUGAUGCCGAUCAACAAUGUAUGCUAAAAUACGGUAGAGGUAGUCGACAUGCAGCCGCUCAAAAUUUAGAAGACGUAUGCAGGGAUCUGCACUGUCAGAGGGAACGCUAUACGUGGACAUCACAUCCAGCACUGGAAGGAACUAAAUGUGGCGAAGAUAUGUAUUGCCGCGGUGGAGAAUGCGUGGAACGCUCCGGGACCUUCAUCAAACGAGGAACAUGGGGAAGAUGGUCUGGCUGGUCAGAAUGUGCUUCGGCGUGCCUAGUGGAUGACAGCUUGGCUCCCGCAGCUUCCGGCGUUGCUCUUGCUACAAGACGGUGCAAUAGACCACGACAAAAUAAUGGAAACAACUACUGCUCCGGCCACGACAAAAAGUACCAGUCCUGUCAUGCACAACAGUGCAACAACGUACAUCGAAUGACUGUCAGAGAGUUCGCUGAUCAAAUCUGUUUGAGAGCUAGAGAAGUUGACCCUGACUUGAUUGGAACAGGACUGCAGAGGAUCGAUUCUGAUGAUGUAAGCAGCGCAUGUGCUGUAUGGUGUGAUACAAGAGGAGGUGGUUACAAAUCUCGUGGUUGGAGUUUACCUGAUGGAACAUCCUGUUCGAGGAUGUCGCCCAUGUUCUGCAUUGCCGGAGUUUGCCGGAAAUUCGCCUGCGCCACUACAGUGGACAAUGAGUUCUCCCUGAGACCCGGUGACUGUGAAUGGGAAGCGUUGCAGUUGCAAGCAGCAACACCACAAAGUACUUCAGUCAAAACCUCCGGUACGUGGCGCCGAGCAGUUGGUUCUCAAUGGCGAGCAGCGAGCGGCUGCCACUACCACUGCAUUGCACCAGGGACAGGCAUCAGACUUGUUAAGGGUCAGACUAAGAAAUCGACGAGCAUACAGCUGUGUACUCCUGACUCUAGUCGACCAGAUUUGGGCUGCACCCAAAGGAAGUCACCAUACCAAUACGCAACGAUGGUUUGCACUAAAUACAAGGAGAGAGUCAGAAGACUGUCUGGUUUGGGGAUGCAGAUCUCACCUGCUGUAGAGGACCCAGAUCGUCCAUGCCGAAUAGCAUGCCAAGAUGAGAGAGUGUCGCAUCGAUUUUACUUGGUGAAUGGCCAGGAGGGUUGGUUCCCGCUAGGAACUUCUUGUGGGAAGAAGAAUUCUUCGUACUGCGUUAGUGGAAAAUGUUUGGAAUUCGGUCCGGAUAGCACUCCCUUAUCAGAGAUGGUGUUCACGCUCCCACUGCUAACUCGUAAUAAUUCUUCUCGCAUCACGCGGCGUUCUUCGCGUCACCGCCGCAGCCUGCUUCGUGACCGUAUGACAGUGAAGGCCACGUUGGACCAGACGCAUUUGGCAGAUAUUAUAAAUAGACUCAAUUUAACAGCAACCACCAACGAUCAUAUAAUCUACUACGACACCAUUCCGGAACAUAUCGAGUUGGACUUCAAUAAUCCCAUACACAUUGCACCAGAAGACACCAUGAUUAGGAAGGUUCCACGACCUACCUGGGACUGAUUCGACGAACUACAAACUAAAAAAACAUACUUAUUCACAUUUAACGUUUGAAACGUUCUGAGAGCGGAUUUAAAAUGUAUUCUUCAUCGAAACUGAAAUUUCUCUGAAAACAAUUGAAAAUGAACUUUAAAACUUUCAUAGAUUUCUCACAGAUGGCGCUGCCGCAAAA